CUCCUCAUUUCCCCUCGAGUGUCCAGAGGAGCGUCCGCGCAGGAGGAGGUGGAGAAGUUCCACUGAGCUGGACAUCAGAAACGAAGCCCGACCACCCGCUGCUGCGGUACGAGCGAACCCAGUCUCCCCGCUUUGAAGAGGUUUCCUUUUCCUUUUUUUUUGUCGUUCACGGAAAUGCCUCACCUGAAGUUUUCCUCCGCACGGUGAAAGUUUGGAGCCGGAGAGGAAGGGCGCAGCAGGGGGACGCUUCCAAUGGAGAGAGGCUGAAUUCACGCAUCUGGAUCAGAAAAGUUUCGCAAGAAGAACCAGUAUCUACAACAUCAGCUGAAGAAAUAAGAAUCCUGUCACACGUUGGCAAAUAUAGCAGUGACGAACCUUCAUCUCCCGUUCAAUUCCAAUCUGUGCGUGUGAGGAAGUGGAUAAAACCUUCGCUUCCUGUGGCAAAGCAAAUCUCAGUGUGGCCUCGCGAGGAGGUGAACUUUGGGCACAGCUCCAGUGUGAGGUGGUAUGUCUAACCGUGACUCGCUGGGGUUCGGGGAACUGCUCCCCCAGGACGUGGUUCAGAUUUUUGCAGAGGAGAAGCACAACAAAAAGGGCCACAAGAAGCGCAGUCACUCCCUCGGCCGGGCUCUGGGUUGGCUGAAGGGCAAGAAGAGGAAGGAUCUGGGACCUAAUGGGCGGAAUCUGGGUUUGGGUCCUGCACUGGACUUGGCCUUGGUUGGGCACCAUGCUGGGCACAAGGGAGUGCAGAGGUCAGGACGACAGACACAUCCACAUGGAAACAGUCACGCUUUACCAAAGCGAGAUGACGAUGACGAGACCCAGGCGCCGCCGCUAGUUCAGGAGAAUGUGUUCAUCGAGGCCAGCAGGCCCAAGUACCUGGAGGAUCUUCACACUGAGGCCCAGGAGGGGUUGAAAAUGAUGCAGCAGGAGGAAACCAAUAACGGAGUGGAGUUCCAGGAUAAUGAAAGCACAAUUUCGACAAGGACGGCCCAAACAGACGGGGAGGGUGGAGGGUUUAUGACAGACAGCAGCAUUGCAGACACAUCCUCCAUCGUCUCGGGACAAUCAUCUGUGUCCACGAGAUCGUCCCGCUCCGGACUCACCAGACAAGGAUCAACAUUCAGACCAUUGAACUCUGGGAAAAAGUCAGAAAAGACGAGAAGGAGACGACAAAGGAAGACUGUUGCGGGUAUACCACAGCAUGUCCAGAGAGAGUGGGGAUUGGACAGACAGGGCUGGACACUGGCUCAUAAGUUAGAUGAAGAACAGCUUUAUAAUGGUGAGACUGAUGAGAGCUCCACUUCUGAUGGCCAGCAGCUAGCAGCUCAGUCACAAAAGGGAGCCGGUGCCGGCCUUCAAGACAAAAGGAUCCUCCAUCCCCUAAACAAGGCCCACAUCAAGCAACUCAAUGCCGCCCAUGCUGGACAUAGGGAUGACCUGGCCCUGUUGCACCGCCUGGGUUCUGGCUUUUCAGAUGAACAGAGGCCGCGGUCCUUGGCUGUUCCCUGGAUGACCACUGCCAACAGCCUCCAGCAGGAGCCUCCUAGCCCUGUCAUGUCCAUGUCACCCCAGGCUAAUUACAUGUCCAAAAUCAUUCCCAAUGCUGUGUUGCCACCGUCCAUCGAUGUGGUAGAAAUCAGCCGUAAACAAAGUCGCAACAGCCUUCGCACUGUCAGCAAGAGCAGCCUGCUUCUCUCCAGCCCAGCCCCCUCCCGUGCUUCCUCUAGAGCGUCUUCGUCCAGAAGCACUUCUUCCAGAGGUUCUACCAUCACCUCCGCCUCCCGCAACAACCCCCACAAUAUGUCUGACAGCUCUUGUUGGAGUAACUCUGAGUCCUCAGAGACCUUGGUGUCUGACUCCUCAACCAUCUCCCGCAGCAGCACCCCCCGCCAGAAGUCGCAGAACGGUGAUGCUUCUGCUAAAGAGGACAAUGUCAGCAAGUCUUCUAAUGGCGUGCUCAUUGGUAAAGCACAAGCACCUAAGACAGAGGGGCCGUUUGUGCGUAGCCUGUCCGUCAUGAAGUCCAAGAAGGCUCCUCCUCCUCCAAGCCGCUCCUAUUCCCUCCACAAUAAGAUGAAGCGACGAUCACGUGAUCUGGCCGAGGUUAGGGUCUAUCCAGGCGAAUCUUCCCUCCACACAAUCUCCACUACAGUUGAGGAAAAUGAACAAAAUCACUCAGAACCUUCAUCUAUGUCCUCGAGUAUCAUAGACAGCCCUGGCUACAAUGCUGACACCAGUUCUCUGGAAGACUCCACAGGGUCAUUCAGUCCCAUUAGAGCCCAGGCAGUAAAGGCAAAGGAAGCUGCAAAAGUGGAUUCUUCACAAAAGAAGCAGGAACCACCUCAGGAGAAUAGGCCUAGCAAAAUAAUCUCACCGUCCAGUGGUUACUCCAGCCAAGAUGCAACAUCCCCAAAGCCUUCUAAACAGCCUCAAAGUACAUCUCCAAGACACAAGGUCAUCUUGGCAAAGCUUCAAAGGUUCUUUCCUGGAUCUUCAUCUGCUGGUUCAGCUCCGUCCCCUCUCGCACAAUCAGAGGCCCCUGAAAACAAUAAACCCUCUGGGGACAAUAACAUGGACUCAGUUGACACAGUUGGCGCCAGUGCCUCAGUAAGGACAUUGAGAGAACUCUUUAACAUCCCUCCGCCACCUAAAGUCCACGCACCUCCACCCCCUCCACCAGAGGUAUGGGCUCACAGCAAGCGAAGCUUUGAGCUGCUGCUUGGACCCCCGGCACCUGACAACCUUUAUGCCAUCAUAAAGAAGAAUCCAAAGGACCGGAGACAACAGAGGCAGUCGCCCUCUGCCUCUACAGAUGGAUCUGUGAAGAGCUCGGUGGUAGAAAGAAAACAGAAGAAUCCAGCUGUAACAGUGGAGUCCAUUAAUGGAUCCUUACAUGUGAUUGAGAGAAGGAAAGUUCAAGAAAGUGUGACUUCGAAUGCAGAGAUUCAUAAAGAGAUGAAUGAAAGACUGGCUCAGAAUGUUGAUUUGAAAGGAAACGGCAAGGUGACAGAAAAAGCCAAAGUAAAUGACAUAAUAAAUGAGAUGUUAGUGAAGGCUGUGGAGAAACGUGAAGAAAGAUUGACAGCAGCAAUUAAAGAAGACGCAAAAAAGACAUCCACAGAAACAACAGAGGUAAAGACCAACAUGGAUAUCUCUUUAGCACGCUUUUCUCCAUCACCCUCACACCAUUCUCCUCAACCCCACGCUAAACAGACCACAGAAGUUACCUCUGUCUCAUUAGUACGAGCUGUUGUAUCCCCUGAGUCGUCCUGGCCCCCUCCACCUCCACCUCCACCAAUAGCACAAGUGGGAGUAGCUGGGCCUGAUGUGACAGAUUUCCCCCCGCCUCCCCCAUUGUUUGGUGAGGUAGGGUUUGUCAUACCUGUUCAGGUGCCACCAGAGAGGUCCACUCCUGGUGGGGACUCUUCUGGAACUACAUCUGUUUUAUCAGUAGUGAUAACAGAGGCAGAACCACAGAAUUCCAGUUCAUCCCAAGGGAUUGCCCCUCCACAACUGAAUAUCCCUCCUCCACCACCCUACACAGCCCCCCCUCCGCCAAUUACAGCGGUCUCCCCUCCUACAAUUAAAAAGGCCCAUCUGCCGCCAAGAGAGAUCUUUCCACCACCACCUAUAGUAUUCUCUCCUCCACAAACUAGAGAAGUCUCUCCUCUGCCACCUAAAGAAAUUCCUCCCCCACCAAAUAAAGAAGUCUCUCCCCCACCACCACUUAAAGAAGUCUCUCCGCCACCACCUAAGGAAGUCUCUCCUCCAGCCCGUAAAGAAGUCUCUCUGCCACCAUCUAAGGAAGUCUCUCCUCCACCACCUAAAGAAGUCUCUCCUCCAGCCCCUGAGGAAGUCUCUAAGCCACCAACUAAGGAAGUCUCUCCUCCAGCCCCUGAGGAAGUCUCUCCUCCACCACCUAAGGAAGUCUCUCCUCCAGCCCCAAAGGAAGUCUCUCCGCCACCACCUAAGGAAGUCUCUCCCCCUGCCCCUAAGGAAGUCUCUCCUCCAGCACCUAAGGAAGUCUCUCUGCCACCACCUAAGGAAGUCUCUCCUCCAGCCCCAAAGGAAGUCUCUCCGUCACCACCUAAGGAAGUCUCUCCUCCAGCACCUAAGGAAGUCUCUCCCCCAGCACCUAAGGAAGUCUCUCCCCCAGCACCUAAGGAAGUCUCUCCUCCAGCACCUAAGGAAGUCUCUCCCCCAGCACCUGAGGAAGUUUCUCCUGCAGCACCUAAAGAAGUCCCCCCCCUACCACCCAAUGAAGUCUCUCUGCCACCACCUGAGCAAGUUUCUCCACCCAAACAGUCCUCUCCUCUUCUGGUUAAACAUGUCUCCCCUCCACUGGCUAUCAAGGUGCCCCCUUCGACAGAGAUACUCGCUCCAUCUACUGAAGAGGUUGUUCUUUUGUCUUCACAAGAAGGUGUCUCUCAAUCAUCUGUAGAAGAAACACUUGCUUGCAAGCUCAACCCACCACAAAGUAUUCCACCUCCUCCACCCCUACAAUCAAAGCCCUGUUUGUCAGAGCGGGAUAUUGAUCUCCCAAGAGAAGACAUCCUACCCGACCCUGAAAUUAAUCAAGUUUCACCGAGCAGUAUUCUGCUUCCCCCACAGAGUAUCCCACCUCCGCCUCCGGUAGAGCAACCUCAGGAUGUACCUGGUCCAACAACCCAUGAGGUCCCACUAUCGCAACCAUCUGAAGUGUCAAUCCCACAAGGUCCUGAAACCUCUCCUUCACCAGAAAAGCCCCAAGAACCAGCUCCUCCAUCUGUAAACAUUCCUUUGCCUCCACCUUUACCUGUGCAGGGUCUUACCAGCAUUAAGCUUCAGUCUAGUACUGUAAGCACAGAAAACCAAAGCCAAGAGCUGACCUCUGCUCAUGUUGUAGAGGAGGAACCCACUCCUGUUGUAACCCCCUCCCUCCUACAGAUGGUCAAACUGCGGUCUGUCAACAGCAGUCCCGAGCCCCCUAAAGCUGAAGAGGAACUCAAGACUGAGGUCACAAUGAGAAAACAGCAGCCCAGUGAUCCGGUUCCAACCUCAUCUGCCAACGGAGAAGCUCCUCAAAAACCUAUCAGAAGGUCUCUAAUAGUGAUCGCUCCACCUGCAUCUUCAUCCACAGUACCCUCCCCUACGAAAAAGUCUCCUCCUGCUUCGACUGCCUCUCCUUCCAUGAAACUGCAGGAGGCCAUCCGGCUGAGGACAGCAGCCAGAUCAAAAGAGGGCCCUGCAUCUCGCCUCAGCGUGCCAUCACCGACAUCACCAAUGGACCUCCAAAGGUCCCCCAAGUCCCCCACUAACACAGCAAGUUUUGUCUUCUCCAAGAGCAACAGGAAGGUGGUGAUUGAGACCCAGCCAGUGACAGAGGCCAAGACAAGAGUGCAGAAUAAGCUGGAGGUUUCCCCUGUAACAAAGGCGGUGAGUGAAUCAGAGUCUUUGAAGAAAGCGAGCAAGGUGCCACCACCUGUAGCAAAGAAACCCAAAUCGAAGGCCAAAGAGAAUGAGACCAGUGAAGGGACCGAGCAAACUGCAGGACAGGAAGCACAGCAAGAGAGUAUCCAUGAUGGGGCAGAGAAGACAAAUGGGACAGCAGGUGCAGUAGACGGAGGAGAAACACUAUCGACAUGAUUGUAAAGACUGAAGGAGACUGGGAAGGACAUACUAAUAAUAACACUGCAAGUUGAUCUUUGUAAGUGAGAGACAUGAAACUGGAUGUGGAUAGAUGCUUAUUUCAAAAACUGGAUUUUGAAACAUGCUGGAUUUAAUAGAAAAUCAUUUGAAUGUCUUGUUAAUGGUGUGGGUCUUAAAGUACACAGUUUGCAUUUUACUGAGAAUCAUCUAUUUUAUUUUGCUAUAGGGGGCAUUCUGAUUUUUACUUUUGCAAGAAAUGGGAAUAUACUGCCCUCUUGUGCCAAACAAUGAUUGUACCACUUACGUCCUGCUGAAUCAGAGCUUGUGGUUAGUACUUGCAACGAUGGGACUUUUGGGCACUCAUCUGUAAAUAUAGCAACGUGUUGUACAUUUAAAUUAUCCAGUACUGAUGGAUCUUAGCUAUCCUGUUUUUUUCUGUAUUUUCCCCCAAAGACUUUCCACAUCAAUUAUAUUUGUUAAAAAGAAAAAUAUUAAUUAUCUUAAGUUAUUUUUCCUGUAAUGUUCAGAGGAGGGUCUCUACAAAAUGUCUACUUUGCAAUGUUGUGUUAAACCCCUAUAUCAUCAUAUGAAUCAGUUUGUUUGUGUCGAUCUUAAUCCUAUCCAAAUUUGUUUUCUCAAAAUAAAUCCCACUUAAUUAUUUUAUAAUUCAAAGCUAUCGAUGUGCAUGAACACUGCUAUCACAAAAAAAAAGAAGUGGAAAUGGCAAGUUAUACUGGAAUCGCUUUAUAUUUGGAGCAUGUUUUCUGCUGCUUUUAGUUACUGAUAAUGGAGGCUUUGCCUUUCUUACAGUUAUUAUGGCUCUAACAGUGGGAUAUUUCUGUGUUGGACUAUAAUAUAUUUCAAAGUGUUUUCAGACAUCGUAAUGUCAAAUGAUCAUUUAUUAUGGAAAGAAUAAAGAUUUAUGGACAAAUUA